AUGCAAAUGGACAUCCCAUUACUCCCGCCAGAAGUUCUUCUCCUAAUAGCUCGGCUCUUAGGCCCGCGGGACUUGAUCCACCUGGCCCGAGCCAUGCCCGGCAUGGACCGGCUCUACAAACCCAAAUAUUGGGUUCCCAUCAAGGACGAAGGAGGCGAUACAAUGCUCCAUAUAGCCGCGGCAACUGGAUGGAUAGAGAUCAUUGACUCGCUUCUCUCAAAGAAUUUUGAUCUUGCCGUACGGAACAGUCAAGGGUACACCGCUCUACACUACGCCUCUCAAAGAGGCCAAUACCAUGUGGCAUGUUUACUACUAAAUGCCGGUCUUAACCCUAAUAUCGCCGCGCAAGGGGGGGUGAGGGCAUUGAAUCUGGCAGUCAGCGGCAGAAAAGCCCGGUUGGUUCAACUCUUGCUCGAGAACGGGGCUGAUAUUAUGGGCUUGACAGCGGGUGACUGUUCGGUUCUUCACUGGGCAGUCUCGACUCAGGACACAGAUAUAACCAAGCUACUUCUUAGUAAAGGGGCAGAUGUCACCAAAGAGGAUAUGUUUGGUCGGACGCCACUGCAUCUGGCUGCAGCGGAAGGGGAUAUGAAAAUCGUCGAGCUACUCUGCCAAGCUGGUUCUAACACACUGUCCCCUGAUCAUGAUGGGAAUACACCGGCAGAUGUGGCGGAACAGCAGGGCUGGCCGUUGACAGCCAAGCAAAUUCAAGGCUUGCGACGAGAUAAUAGAUCUUUAAUGUCUUUUCAUGACCUUUUGACCUUCAUGAGAAGCGCGUUAGGAUGGGUAUAG